GUGUCUCUUCUCAGGAGCUGCUGUGCUUGUCCUCCUCCACCCUUGGGCUUUCCCUGUGUUACAAGAACUCCUGAACUGAUUGCUGAUGGUUUCAGGAAUGCUUUGGGCAUCCCAGUCUUUCAGAGAGCAGGUUUUGGUGGUUGUGCUGUCACAUGGAUAAGGAAUUGACUGCAUGGCCAUAUCUGAAGAUUUCCAGGCAGCAUCUCAUCCAGCAGCUGCCAAGUUUCACUUCCAGCUGCAGCUUCAGGCAGCAGAAGGCCUUCCUCUGCCUCACCAGCAGGAAGCUGCAGUCUCUGCUGAGGUUCCAGGCUAUAUAAGAGCAGGGUCAGGGUCAGAGCCAGGCUCAGAAAGCGUCAGGGAUCCGGAGCACCAGAAGUGCAGGAUUCUGGACAUUUCCUCGUGUUUUUCCUCCUGAAUUCUUGAAGUGGUGCCCAAGUCCUUCUUCACAACCCUGCCUUGUCUACCAGGCCUGACAAGUGGCUGUGUGCUGCCUCGCUUGGGCCGCGUGCCCUGGUGCCCUGCGUCCGCUGGAAAGCUGAGCGUCACCACCAGGAGCACCUGCUGGGAGCCAUGGAGUCCCAGGAGAAGAGAGCAGAGGAUUUGGAAAAGGCAAAUCUUGCUAAACAACUGCUGGCAGAAACAUUUCAGAGCGAAGGACUGGAUGGAGGAUACUGGCUUCCCAAGCUGAUGAAGGUAUUAGGUGUGAAAUCAAAAGAAGCCUUGAAGCAUCUGCAAUAUGAAGAUUAUCUGAAGCUGGAGAGUGAGGUACGGUACCCCUGGGAGAAAACGGCACUCCGAAAGCUUCUCCAAAUUACAGACAACAAAGCAACUGCUGAGGAGCUGCAGAAGCAGCGCCUGGAGAUGAUGAAGCAGAGGCAAGAAGAAACUAAGCGAGCCAUGCAGGAGCUGAAAGAUAUGCAUCAGAGCCACAGCUAUAGCAAGGAGAUGAUAACACAGAAAGAGGAGGCACUAUGGCAAGCCAUGGACAUUCCCAGGGAGUACUGGGCACCACCAGAGAAGGCCUUGGCAGAUGUGCUUGCAAGCAUCCAGAAGCAACUGGAGCAGCAGGAGAUGUCCUUGGGCAGGAGUGAGAAUGUCUCUGAUGAGGAGGUCCUGAGACGGGCAUCAGGAGGCCUGGCUCUGCAGGGCGUUUACCGAACCAACAGCCUGGCAGAUGUGCUGACAAAGCGAGAGCAGCUCAUCAGAGUCCCCACGGGUUUCAAGCUUGCUGGCCCGGAGCAAGGGUCUCUGCUUGAGAGGAAGGAGUUCUCCUCCUCUGCAGCAGAAGCCAAUUUCACCAAGUCCAUGGAGCCGGGGUUCAGCCUAAGCGUUUCUGCCAAAGCCGGGUUCUGGGGCAUCAGUGUUGAAGAAGGUGAAGAUUACAGCAGCUCCUCACGCAAGGAAGACACUCACCACUCACGUUCAGAGCAGACAUACAUUUGUACCACCAAGUACCAGUACACCCCUCUGGCCUCCUGCUACUUCCAAAAGGACCAGCUUCGCCUCUCAGAUGGGGCCCUGAGAGAGCUGCAAUGCAUCGAGGAGCUUCUGAGCAUCACCCAGGAGGCAGACAGGCUCAACAUGCUGAAGAGCAGGUGUGCCAGCUUCUUCAGCAGGUUUGGGUCCCACCUCAACCAGGGACCCCUCCACUUCGGGGGCAUAUUCUGGUGGAAAGCAUCUUCCGAAGGAUUCAGGGAAGAGCAAAGGGAAGAGAUGAAGCAACAAGCAUCUGAAGCACUGAACUGCUUUGUCAGGGCAAGCUUCAGCAGCUUUGCUGUCAGUGUGGGAAUGAAUGUUGACGUUUCAAAGUCCAGCUCACAGGCAUCACUUGAGAGAAGCGAUAGAGGCAGCAGCCACACAGCGAUUCAGCUCUCCGUGACCAACACAGGGGGUCCAUCAGAGACAGAUUGCCUUGCCCAGUGGAAGUGUGGGCUUGUGGCCAGUAACACAACCUGGUGUGUUAUCGACAGGGGCUUUCAGCUGAUCCCAGUGUGGGACAUAAUCCUGUCCAACCACAGCGGUGAUUUUAAAUCCACCUAUCAGAUGAGCAGCAGCCUCAGGGCUGCAUAUGAAGCACUCACGAAUCACAGUGUUGGCACAGUGUUUGGAGAGGAACUGGCCAGUGCUGUGGAAGAGGCCAGAUCAUUUCUGGAGCACGUGAAGACCUGGGAGGUCACUGGGGAUGAAAGGAAACUGCUCACACUGAUUGAUUUCAAACAGGCUCUGUAUGAAAAAGCAAAAAAUCUCAGUGUCUGGAUCAAUGUAUGCCUGUCACAUAAGGCAUUGCAGGAGUUCCUGGUGAAUACUGUUCUGUUUUGCCAAAAAUCAGCUCCACAAAACAUCAUCUACAUCAAAUCUCUGCUGCAGUGCCUGCUGCAUCCUCACAUCUAUUCUGUUAAGGACUUCCCCAGGGCUUCCUUCAUUAUGCAAUGGAUUUUCAACACUGAGCACACGUUUCCCAAAACUCCCAAUAUUUCUGAGAUUCAGGACCUCAUCAAGACAUUGCUGCAAAUGAAGGAGCACAUUCAGGAAGUCACCUACUCCCCAGCCACCUCUGUAUCUGCCAUUCAUGAAACUUCACAGAUCGAGUUCCCUCUCUGGUCCCUCAGCCAAAUCAAAAAGAGCUGGAAAGGAACAGCAAAAUCAGGAGAGCAGACAGAAAGGAGCAGCUACACAAACAAACUCAUUUAUCAGGCAGAGACACCCAUCGUGUCCUUCAUACGCAUCGGCAGCUCUCCUUCCUCUUCCAAGUCUCAGCUCCUGAAUGCUCUGCUGAGCAAACAAAAACACGACACAUUUUUCCAUCGGCAUUGCAGAGGCAGCGCCAAGGAUUGCUUGCUGAUGAAAGGUGUGGUGGAGAUCUCCUGGUAUUGUCCCCGUGGUAGCGACGAUGACAUUUUUGACAGCUGUGUUGCUUUCUGUAACCUGCACGGAGAUGCCAGGGAUCACGAGCCACAGCUGAGCUUCUUGCAGGAGAUCUCUGCUGUGAACGUGGUUCUCGUUUCUGAGUCUGAUCAGGGUGAUAGGAAAGGCAGGAGAAUUUUACAGGACCUGUGGCAGUCUCAGAGGCCCUUGGUUUGUCUUUUCACUGAGAAAGAGAACAUUGCAGCUGGCCGAUCUAGCCAGAACAUAAGAAUAGGUAUCAAGAACAGGAGUGAAGCAGAAUUAAUGGGCGAGCUGACAAAAACAAUCCGAGAUCUCCUGGAGGGCUCAAGCACACUCUCUAGCCUCGAUAUGUGUCUGGGCACAGCUCGCCAGCAUGGCUUCAUAGUUGAUGAAGAUGCAGAAGCAUGUGUGAUAGCCAAAGAAAAGGCAAACGAGCUGGUGAAACUGCUGAAGGGAGAGCAGCUGUCUGAGAUCAAAUCAAAGCUACUGCCUCUUCAAGGAAAACUGUGGUACAAUUGGUGUAAAAAGGACAGAGAACUCACUCGCUUACAGGAGAAGAGGAACAAGAGCAUAGAACAUCAUCGGAGUCAAAUUGAAUGUGACAAAGCUGCAAUAAGAAGAAAGCAACUGGACACGGUAUACCCCUUCAAUCAGCUGAUGCAAUCAUUCCUUGGCUUUCUCCAGUCACAGCCAGGCAACACCAAGAAAUAUUUCCUGCAGUGGAUGAAGAUAUUCAUGGACGACCUGUCCUCCGAUCGCCUUGAUGAACUGAAGAGAGACUAUCAUCAGUUAUGGUCUCAAAUGUUGGCAAUGAAGAAAAGCAAUGAAGAAAACAACCCCAAAACUGUAAUGAUGAAAAGGUUAGAUUCCCUUUCCAAUGAAAUCAGUGAUUCAUCCGUUGGCCUUGAGCAUAUUUUGAGAGAGGUAGGGCAGAUUUAUGAAGCUCUUGAAUCAACCGAUACCAAACAUGUUUGUUUUCUCAAACUACCUGAAAUUGCAGCUGAUCUGAUGGUUUCAGGGUAUCCCAUUGAGCUGAUGGAUGGCGAUGUUUCUUAUGUACCCUUACAAUGGGUUGCAGCAAUCUUUGACAGGUUAAUUGAGAGGUUAGGUGACAAGCGAGUCUUUGUCCUCUCCGUGCUUGGUAUCCAGAGCACAGGGAAGUCAACCCUACUGAACGCCAUGUUCGGUCUCCAGUUCAAUGUCAGUGCCGGCAGAUGCACCCGGGGAGCUUUUAUGCAGCUCAUUAAAGUGGACGAGAAGCUGCAGCAAGAUGUGAACUUUGAUUACAUGCUGGUUGUGGACACGGAAGGUCUUCGUGCCAUAGAGAUGGCCAAUAAGCACUCACUGAAUCAUGACAACGAGCUGGCCACCUUUGUCAUUGGCAUUGGCAACAUGACUCUGAUCAACAUCUUUGGAGAGAACCCUUCCGAAAUGCAAGACAUCCUUCAGAUUGCAGUGCAGGCUUUUCUGAGGAUGAAGCAAGUCAAGCUUUCCCCAAGCUGCCUGUUUGUGCAUCAAAAUGUGGGCGAAAUAACGGCAAAGGAACAGAACAUGGAAGGACAAAGGCGUCUGCAGCAGAAGCUGGAUGAAAUGACAGUGACAGCAGCCCAGCAGGAAUUCUGUGACAUCACCUGCUUCAGUGAUGUCAUCCGCUUUGACGUGAACACCCACAUUCAUUACUUUGCUCACCUGUGGGAGGGUAACCCGCCAAUGGCACCACCCAACCCCACCUACAGCCAGAACGUCCAGCAAUUAAAGAGCAAAAUUCUCCAAGACGCCAAGAAGGAAUCUCCGGGCAGUGUUCUGAGGCUCUCCAGCUUGAAAGUUCGUAUUAGUGACCUGUGGAACGCCUUGCGGAAUGAAAACUUCAUUUUCAGCUUCAAGAACUCGUUGGAAAUUGCUGCAUACAAGAAACUGGAAACCUCCUUUAGUCAAUGGACCUGGAAACUGAGAAGGCACGUCUUAGACCUGCAAAUGCAACUGGACAAUAAGAUUCGGAAUGGAGAGCUGGAGAAAGUCACCAUGAAAGAGCUUGAAAAUCUGGUGCAAGAAACAAGUGAUGCCAUCACCAAAGACGUGGAGAAGUUCUUCAGUGAAGACAGAGACUGUGAGAUACUGAUUCAGUGGAAAAGUAGGACGGAACUGAAUCUGAAAGAGCUAAAAGCGUCCCUUCUUGAUGAAACCAAGAGGAAGUGUGAGAAACUUCUAGAAAUAAAGAAGAGCCAAAGUCGACUGGAUGAGAGGAAAUCUGAAUAUGAAAGUGAGCUCCUGAAAAAGAGCAGGGAGCUGGCUCUGUUAAAAAGCCAGGAAUUAAGUGAGCAAGAAUUGAGGAGGAACUUUGAUUCCCUCUGGAUGACCUGGGUUACUGAAGUGUCUUCUAAUGCUCCCACUCUGGAAGAGGUGAACAUCGAUUUUGAAAUAGACGAUGUCCUUCUCAAACACUUUAAGGAGGGUUCAAAUAUAGCUGAUCGAAUCUUGAAAUCUUCCAAGCAGACCACCUUUUCACUUGAUGAGAAGAAACACAUAUCCCAGAAGAGGUAUUUGGACAAAUUUGUGUCUUAUUUUCGUGAGUCUGAUUUGAGCACCUUACAGCACAUUACAGACCGCAUCAUAAGGCGUGUGCAGGAAAACAUUGACCAGAAGGAAAAGGACAAAAUGGAUUACUGUCACACUUUUAUUCAUGAAAUACUAAAUGAAGUGCAGGAAGGUAUGAAAACUGUCCCUAGCUCAGAAAAACAUCAUUUUACAAAAGAUUACGAGAUAGAUCUUUCAGUGUAUCUGUGCAGAAUGGCAGCAGCCAGGUUUAAAGACAUGCACGCAGCCUUCAGGAAAGCAAAUGACCCAGUCAUCUACCUGGAGAGCAAGAGAGAAGAUUUCUUCAAAUGUUUCCAGAUUUCUUGCCAAGGUGCCACUUCUAUCACAACAUUUGCUGAUUUCCUGUGCAGCAAGAUCGACCCAGGUCUUCGCCUGGCCAUCUAUGACAAGACAGCUCUUGUCAUAGCUGAACGUAUGAGGAGUGAAAUACGAGACUUCAAUGGCAGUAGGGCCAAUCUGGAAGUUUGCAUACUGAAAUACCUGGCACAGGGAGAAAAUUUUGAAAAAUUCAAGCUGUACAUUCGUUCCCCAGCAGACUUUUUGGAGAGUUAUAUUCAGACACAUGUGAAGACAUACUGUUUAGAUGAGAACAGUCGUCUGGUGAUGUUUUUAAAUGAAACUCUUACCCAGUACUAUGAAAAAAUUCAGAAAGCUGUGUUUACAUCAACCACAGUUGUUAAAGACAGAAGAGUCAGCAAUAAGAUAAUCUCUCUUUGGCUGGAUGAAUUCUGCAGAGAACUUGGAGGGGUCCUAAGAUUGCCCAGGAGUGACCUGGUUGGCAUUGAACAUCUGGAGAUAACAGACAUAGAGUUCCUGAAUAACGCCAUGACGGAGGCACUUUCUCCCCUGAGGGAUCGUCUCAAGGAAGAGUUUGCUCGUGCUGAUUUGAGCUCAUUUGAAAAGCAGCCUCACACAAUACUGCUGGAACAGUUUCCAGGGUGCAAGGCACAGUGUCCAUUUUGUUGGGCAGUUUGCACAAACACUGUGCCAAACCAUGAUGGAGACCACCAACUUGUCUUCCAUCGUCCUCAAUUUUUGGGCGGAUACAAAUGGGUUUACACAGACAACCUUGUCAUUGAUAUUUGUUCCAGCCUUGUUGCCAGCGACUGUUACUUCAUUCAUCCCGGUUACCCUAGGACCCUAUGCAAGAAAUACCGAGAUGCAGGACAUCCAUUUUCUACUUGGAACAUUCUUCCUGACACAUCUAUGCAAAAAUACUGGAAAUGGUUUGUGUGUCAUUUCAGGGCACAGCUAGAAGAAUUCUACAAUGGUAAAUUUGAUGGCAGAGGAGAAAUCCCUGCUUCGUGGCACAAAAUUACAAAGCAGGAAGCGCUUGACGAACUGAGGUAGGCUUAGUUGACACAAAGGAAAAUCUGCAACUGCACUGCAUGUUAGAAGACCAUGACAUGAGAAUAUCCACAAAAUAUUGUUGCAAAAAUUAUGGCCUUCAAGAAUGUCAAAAGGACUGCAUCUAACUGCUCAUAAAGCUGGGCAAAAUGAGGUGUUCUACUCCUGACGCUCCUCAGAAAUGCUCCUCCUUCAUGAUAAAGUCAAACUCCUUUCCUUCCUUGCCAUAAAUGCCCGCAUCAGCUUUGUCUUAGAGCAAAAAAAGAAACAAUGCAUUUCUGCAGCACUCAUGCAUACAACCAAGGUUAAGACCAAGGCAGCAUUAGAAAGUACCAAAUUAUCUGCACCUAUGUAAAAAUAAAUGACUCUGGCAAAAGAAUAGCUUCCCUGCAGGAAAUCCUUGUCACACUGAAAGAAAGGACAGUGAUGUCUGAGUGCGGGUAAACAUUUGUGGGGAGCUAAAAACCCCUUCUUGCUAAACUUAGUUCUCAGCUCCGUUAUAGUGAUUUAAAUCCAUGUUCAUUAAGUAUCCUUCCCACAACUUCUGUGAGCUCCUGCUCAGGUCCCCUGGAGAACUUACGUCCAUCUUGCAGAAAAUCCAACUACAUUUAGCAUGUGCUUAGAUUCUGGGCAAAAGCCGCUUGUAUAACCAACAUAGAGAAUUAGUUACCUCUGCAGCUUCCUCAGUAGACAUCAGCAGUACUGUUGAUCCUCCUGGAGACUUUGUGAUUCGCUGUAACCAUUUGUAGACUUUGCUAUUAAACUGGUAGAGUUGGACUGGA